ACGACCAGGUUAUUGAAAAAAGAAUUACAGCUAGCUUGGACGACGUUUUUUGAAUUAAAAUAGAGAAUAGCAUGUAGCAUUAUAAUUGAACGCACUGAAUGCUAAUAUAAAUAGCAGUAAACAGUCGUAUUUAUAUGUGCGUCGUUCGGGAACCACAACCUUCUAUUUUCGGUAUGGAGUCAAAUGCAGCGACCUGUUGUAAAAAUAGAAAAAUAAUAUGUUUUUACACCAUUUUAGCUUUGUAGCCUAAUUUAACCUACAUUUUACAGCAUUAAUUAAGAGACGUGUGCUGUGUAAUGUCCAAUCAAUCGCUCCGCUAACUUUUCCUCACCGUUUCUUGCUGUCCAGCUAACUGAAGCUUGCUAACUGGCUAGCCGAGGUGUUGUUUACCAUAAUGGAUAGAGAGGCGUACCGUAACUGCUGCAGCCUGGUCAAAAUACCGAGACAGUCUUAUGAGCAGUUUUGGUCUUCACAUUUCCUUGACUACAUCGACAAGGAGCUGAGCUAUUCUAAGUUUUUCAGGAAAUACUUGCUUCCCAAUCACCCAUGUAUGUUUUCAAGAAGGUUUACAGAGGACUGGAAGUGUAGAAAACAAUGGGUGUCUGAGGAGGGGAAGCCUAAUUUCCAGAAGCUGCUGCAAGAGUUUGAUGAGACUCAUGUUCCUGUUGCAAACUGUAAUGCAAAGGAGUACAAUUCAAACCCUAAACAAGUUAUGCCUUUCAAAGAAUUUAUACACUACUGGAAGGAAUACAUCCAGAAUGGCCACUCCUCGCCUAAGGGAUGUCUCUAUCUUAAAGACUGGCACAUGGCAAGGGACUUUCCAGAACAUAAUGUUUACACCACACCAGUCUUCUUCACUUCUGACUGGCUUAAUGAAUAUUGGGAUACACUUGAAGUGGACGACUACCGAUUUGUCUACAUGGGACCCAAAGGCUCAUGGACCCCAUUCCAUGCCGAUGUGUUCCGCUCCUACAGCUGGUCCGCAAACAUCUGUGGCAGGAAGAAAUGGCUCCUGUAUCCCCCAGGUCAGGAGGAGUUUUUACGAGACACUCACGGCAACCUCCCUUAUGAUGUAACGUCAGCUGAGCUCAAAGACACAAGCCUUUUUCCACACUCUGAAGAAGCCUGUCAACCUCUUGAAAUUAUUCAAGAGGCAGGUGAAAUCAUUUUCGUGCCCAGUGGCUGGCACCAUCAAGUUUAUAAUCUGGAGGACACCAUCUCUAUUAAUCAUAACUGGUUAAAUGGCUGCAACGUAGACAUCAUGUGGCAGUUUCUCCAAAAUGAGUUAUCGUCUGUUCAAAAAGAGAUAGAUGAGUGGAGAAACACGAUGGACUCGUGGCAUCAGCACUGCCAGGUCAUUAUGAAGGCCUGCUCUGGCAUUAACUAUGCAGAAUUUGCCUCGUUCCUGAAAAUCAUCGCUGACAACCGAAUGGCGUUCCUGAAUGCUUGUUCCUCUGGAGAGCCCUCCGAUUACCCUCGGCAUCUCUCCGAGACCCUCACCACGCUUGGACCUUACCAUGCUGCCUUUGACCUACAAAGAGUGGCUCAUGUAAUCGAAUGCCUACUCUGCAAUGAAGACUUUAAGCGGCUCGACCCUUCAACUUUGACUUUGCAGCCAGAAAUCAUGUUACAGCAAAUUCGGGACACCAUACAGUCCACAAGGGGGCAGCACCUUCUUUAUCAGGAAUAAGAUGUUCAGUGGCGUCUCUACAAUGUUUUCAUCGCCUGGAUAUGGCUUGAAUGAAAAGUGCCAAUUUGUAUAGUGCAAAAAAGAUGAUAAAGGUGUUACUGCACUUUUAGUUUGAGAUGAAUUGCAGUCUCAAAUGUUGAAUGUUUUGAGUUCGUUUUUGCACUUAAAGAUAAAAUGGAUAA